AUGUCCCGAGACGCGUACGUGGGGGGCAGCCGGUCCCCGCGGGGCGUGAGAUUGCCCACCGUGGACCGGUCCCCCAGCCGGGCUUAUCCUGGUGGAAGUCCGAUAAGUAGAAAGACCUGCCGUCCGACGAGAUCUGGAAACAAUUCACCGGACCACGGUUACGGCUUUCACCACAGCUACUACAGAGACGAGGAGCUCGCCAGUCCGACUAUGUUGGAGGAAAGAGGACGUCCGUUGGCCGUCGGCCCUGGUCAUCAUCGUUCCCGUAGCGCGACAAGACCCACCAACCCCAUGACCGUACGAUACCAAUCUUUGGAUCGAGGCGCGACCGUUGACCAUGAACGAGAGUUCCUUCCCAUCCGCGACCGUAGGGAUCGUUCCCUCGAACGGUCCCUCUACUUCGACGAGGACACCUACGGAAGUCGAUCAGCUCGACAGUCCCCCACGUCCCAUCAGCCCUUCCUCGGUGAGCUGCAGCAUCAGAACUCCGAUCUUCAGCGUGAACUCGGCAACCUCAAGAAGGAACUCGAAUUGACCAACCAGAAGCUCGGCUCCUCCAUGCAUUCCAUCAAGACCUUCUGGAGUCCCGAGCUGAAGAAGGAGAGGGCCCUUCGCAAGGAAGAAUCCGCCAAGUACAGUCUCAUCAAUGACCAACUGAAACUUCUGAGCAGCGAAAACCAGAAACAAGCCAUGUUGGUUCGACAGUUGGAGGAGGAGUUGAGGAUGCGGAUGAGAGGACCGAGCAUAGAGAUGCAGCAGCAGAUGGAGGUCAUUUAUCAGGAGAAUGAGCAUCUGACCAGAGAAAUUGCCAUAUUGAGAGAUACCAUAAAGGAAUUGGAGCUGAGGAUCGAGACCCAGAAGCAGACGCUGCAGGCGCGCGACGAGAGCAUCAAGAAGCUACUUGAAAUGCUGCAAAAUAAAGGAAUGGGGAAAGAGGAGGAACGUCAAAUGUUCCAACAGAUGCAGGCGAUGGCUCAGAAGCAGGAACUGCGGGCGGCCAACGAGACGUUGCGCACGCUGCAGUCACAGCUGGAAAUGGUUCCUUCGCCCUCCAGCAGCACGGUCCGAGUGCUGCUGGACACAAAGGACGCUAGAAUAGCGACUCUAGAACGGGAAGUGCACUUGUUGGAAAACGAAGUGGAACGUCUUGGUGGUUCAAACGCACCUCAGGACUCCUCCACUCCCUAUAAGCGACAACUCGACGAGUUCCGGGUGGAGAUUCAACGUCGGGACCAGGAGAUCCUCGCAAUGAGUGCCAAGAUGAAGACUCUCGAGGAGCAGCACCAGGACUACCAGCGUCACAUCGCCGUUCUGAAGGAGUCCCUUUGCGCCAAGGAGGAACACUACAACAUGUUGCAGGCUGACGUCGACGAGCUUCGAUCCAGGCUGGACGAAAAGAACAGGCACAUCGAGAAGAAGACGCAGCAGUUCACGCAGGAACGGCAGCGUGCCGGCUCCGAAAUUGCAGAGAUGAGGGAGCACAUGGACAUCAAGGACAGAAAAAUUAAUGUCCUUCAGCGCAAGGUAGAGAAUUUGGAGGAUUUGUUGAAAGAGAAAGACAACCAAGUGGAUAUGGCGCGAGCCCGUUUGAACGCAAUGCAGGCUCACCACUGCUCAUCGGAGGGUGCCCUUUCAUCUCUUGAGGAAGCAAUCGGUGAUAAAGAGAAGCAGAUGAAUCAGCUGAGAGAACAAAGAGAUCGGGCCGAGCAGGAGAAGGCAGAAGAACGGGAAUUGCACGAAAGAGAGAUUGCCGAAUACAAGAUGAAGCUGCACGCUCUGAACAGUGAAGUAGAGAAGCUCAGCGUAAGGUUGGAGCGUGCCCAGGGUGAUCGGGAUAGAUUGGAGACGAAGCUGGAGAGUUCCCAAUCGGAGCUGGGCAAGUCGAAGGCAGAGCUUGAUAAGUUCAGUGUUGAGGUGGGAAGAAGCGGUGCCGAUUGGGAGCAAGCGAGGCAGAGAUUGGCACGUUUAGAGUUGGAGAACGAAAGACUCAAAUCGGAUCUGGAUAGGGCUCAACUCUCAUCGUCGUUUAGCAGAAGCGCUCUUAGCAGGUCGCAGGAGUUCGAUACGAGCACUUAUGAUCGUUCGGACAAGACCUCGGCCGAACUGAGACGAUGCCAGGCAGAGUUGAGGGUGACCCAAGCCGACAACGAACGUGCAAAGACAGAGGCAAUGGCUCUGCAGGAGAAACUGGAAAAGUCUCAGGGGGAAGUAUACCGCCUCAAGGCACGCCUGGAGAAUUCUCAUCAAGAGCAGGGAAGUCUACGAGAGGAGAUGGAACGGGCGCAGUCUACUAUGGCUCGUCUUCACGCCGACAAAGAUCGUUCUACGGCGGACCUCGAGAAGGCCAGGGAAGAGCUGGAGCGCUCACAGGCGACCUUGGCAAAGGCCCAGUCGCAGCAGGACAAGCUGCAAAAUGCCUUGGACAAAGCUCAGACCGAUGUCGACAAAAUGCAAGAGAGGCUCGACAAAGCAUUGGCGGAAGCACGCAGGAUACAACUAGAAAAAGAAAAACAAGAGUACGCUUUAGAGAAUGUCCAAUCGCAAUUGGACAAGGCUCUAGGGCAAUCUGCUCGAUUACAGAAGGACAAAGAUACCGCACAUCUAGAAGCAGAUCGUCUUAGAGAUAAGUACGAAAAGUCACAGAUUGCGGUGACUAGGCUCCAGAAGGAAAAGGAAAGUUUUCAGGAAGAGUGCGAUAAGAUUAAAGAACGUCUUGAAAUACAGCUAAGCCAAGUUGCUAAAGCGCAAAGAGAAAAAGCAGAUAUCGAGACUGAGCUCGACCUACUGAAGGAGAGAUGGGACAAGGCACACAUGCUCCAGCAGAAGAUACAGAUAGAGAGAGACGAUGCUAUUAACGAAAUUGAAUUAUUGAAAGAGAAACUUGAUAAAUCCAUGUAUUCCACGCAAAAGAUCAUGGAUGAACGCGAAAAUCUCAACAAGGAAUUCAAUAAGUUGUUGGAAAAAUACGAUAGAUCGCAGAGCGAUCUGUACAGACUACAAAACAAAUUGGAGACGAUUCAAGCAGACAAGGAUCGGUUCGAGAUUGAAGUGGAGAAGCAGCAAAUGUUGCAGACAAAAUCGCGAGAGGAUCAAAGAAAACUGCAGGAAGAAUAUCAGCGAUUGCAGGAGAUGCACGACAGAGCGCAAAUGCAAUUGGCCCGUACAAAGGAGAUGGAAGAAAAGUCGAAGGAGGAAUUGGGUAGACUUGGCAUGGACAUGGAGAUGGUGAGAGAGAGAUACGAGAAAGCUCAAUUGGAGUGUCGAAGAUUGCAAACGGAAAAGGACAAGUUGCAAUCGGAGAACGAGAGAUUGCAGUACGAAUUGGAAAGAUCACACAUUCAAGGUAACAAGGCUCAAGCCAGUUACGAGAAGGCGCAGGAAGAGGCGACGCGUCUUUCAAUCGAAGUGGAGAAGAUCAGAGAUAAGCACGAUACUCUGCAGAAUGAGUUUAGAAAAGUCGUCGGGGAGUACGAUUCUCUGCGCGAAAGCACCACGACAGCCGCGAGCAGAUAUUCAAAGUACGACAGAGAUGAGAGAACCAAGGAGGAUAAUGAUAGGCUCAGAGCCGAAGUGGAUAGAUUGAGAGAACGAUUGGAUAAGACCUUAACGGAAUUGGAUAGAUCGAGGAAGGAUCUGGCUUUAGCCGAGACCAGUCGCGGUAAAUACCAGUACGAGGAGAAGGAAAAAUCGGCUGAAACUGACAGACUGAGGGAUGAAUUGCAAAGAAGCGUUAACACGAUUGAACAGCUCGAAACCAAGUUGCACGAGUUAACAAUGCAACUUGAUUUGGCCAGGGCCGAAGUAUCCAAAGUCUCGGGAGGACAAGACAAACAGCGUCACGAAUUGGAAAGGGCAGUCAUUGAAUGCGAGAAGCUCAGAGAUCGGCACGAAAAGCUCAAACUGCAAAUGGAAAAAUUGGAGAAGGAAAAUGAAAAGUUGCGCGUGGAAUUGGCACAAACGGAGAGAAGACAAACUUUGGCCGCGGAUAAGGUCAGAUCGGAUGAAAGGUUAGAGGUGGAACGUUUGAAGGAAAAAUUGGAAAAGGCGAUACAAGCUCGAGAUGCUACAGAACUGGAGGCAGGUAGAUUGGCCCAGGAGCUCGAAAAAUCCCAGAUUCAUCUUGCAAAGGCUUUAGAGACGAACGAAGCCACGAAAAUCGAGUUCGAACACAUGGCUAAUGAACUGACACGAAUGCACGAGAGGAUCGAAAGGGAGAAGAUCGAAUGGAAAACGCUAGAACAGGAGAGAGACGUGCUGCAUGCAGAAGUGCAGCAGGUUCGUAGUGGAAUGGACUCGCAACGUAGAACCAUCGAUCACAGGGCUCAAGAUACUAUCGUUAAGCUGCAACAAGAAUUAGCCCAAGCUUCCAGAGAACGCGAAAAGAUCGCCUCGAUGCUAGACAAGCAGGGUAGACAAGGAGAUUCUGUUGAAAAGCAAAUCGUCAAAUACGAAGCAGACAUCAAGCAGCUGACCAUGGAACGUGAUCAAUUGGUGAUGCAACUGGAGAAGUCCCAAGAUAUGCUGAUGAAAUUCCAACAGGAGCUCAAUCAGAGCGAAACAGAUUUAGAAAGGCAAAAGGCCGAAGUGACAAGACUCAAGAAUGAACAGAAGCGAAUGUCUCAGGACGUCGAGAGGGGCACCAAGGAGAUGCUCGAGAAUAGGGAUAGAGAAAUUCAGAAACUCCAGCAGCAGCUUGCUAACAUCCAGAAGGAGCGCGACAACCACAGGCAAAGAGCUGACAAAGCCGAGAAACGUCUGCAAGAAACUGGUGCCAGAGGCGACAACGAAUUGGAGCAGUGGCGUAAAGUGGUCGAAACAGAGACAACUCGAGCGGAUCAAGCUGAAAAAGCCGCUCAGGAGCUGCAAAAGCGCAUCCAAGUCAUGGAGAAGCAGCUACAACAACAGCUUCAGCAGAUGGCUCAAUACCAGAAAGGCGGUAUACAUCCACAGCAGGACGACAAGGAAAUGGUCAGGUUGAAGAAGGAGCUGGAAAAGGGACAGGCAGAGCUAAAGAAUAGCCACACAGAGAAGGAUCGUCUUCAGGCGCAACUGGAAAUGCUGGUGCAAGAGCUGGAACGGAAUCAGAUGGAACUUAUGGAAGUUUCGAAGAAGAUGCAUAACAACGUUGCGCCGCAGAAGCAGAACGAAGAGAUUAUCGCACAAAAGAAGCAGCUCGAUGAGCAGCGUCGUCAGUUCGAAGAACAACGGAAAACAGUGGACUCCAAACACAAGCAGAUGCUGGAGAAGGAGAAGCACAUCAACGAGAUGGAUCAAGAUCUGAGAAGGAGGAAAGACCAAAUGGAUAAAUUGGAAGCGCAGCUUAAAAAGGCUGGAGGAGGAGCAGCUGCGGCCGGAGAACUGAACAAGAAGUUAUCACAGGCCGAGCAGAAUUACAAGAAGGCAAUGGACGAGGCCAAGCAGAAAGAAGGCGAAAUGGAGAGGCUUCUUCAAUUAGUGCAGAUGAGUCAGGAGGAGCAAAACACUAAAGAGAAGACCAUCAUGGAGCUACAACAGGCACUUAAAGCGGCGCAAUCAAAACUGAAAUCGCAGCAGCAGGUCAACGCGCAACUAGAGGAGCAGAGAAAAAAGGAGGAGGCUGGUCCAGCCGGAUUCCUGAAAAGCUUCUUCUAAAGACCUUUAACCUUCCAUCAAUCUUUACACACACACA